AUGGCCGCGAACGGAGGAGUCCCGGACCCUGGGGGUAGUGACAAAAACGUUUGUGGUUACUGUGAGGCUGGAGUAAAAACGAAGUAUUUAGAAUGUGAAGAAUGUGGAACUCCGUUCCACAACAGCUGUGCAAAAAGAGCGGGAACCGCGGGAGAUGAGAGCAAAUUACAGUGCUGCGCGGAAAAAGAGGUUAUGUACGAGCCGAAUGAGAGUGUUAUUGUGGGAGAGGAUGGCAAAGUAGACGAAAAAAGCGCAGUAUGGAGGGAAAAUGUCAUUCUGCGGAAACUAAGGGAUGCUGAAACAGGGGACAGGGCCCCAUCCUCGUACGCGAGUGCGCUCAAAAUUGGAACGCAAACAAGCAGAUUAUCGAGGAACAUACCGGCGAUAGUGGUAAAACCGAAGCAUCAUGAAGAAGGGAAGAGAACAAGGGAUAAAAUAACAUCCGAUGUGCACCCGGCAAAGCUGGGAAUAUGGGUUAAAAAAAUAAGCAACGCAAGAAAAGGACAGGUAGUGAUAAGCUGUGAGCAUACGGAAGAUGUCGAAGUACUCAAAAAAGCCUUAGAGGAUAAGGUAGGCCCCCAAUACAGUGUAAUCCAAGAACGUCCACAAAAGCUAAAAAUAAAAAUCGUGGGUAUUAGCGAUGAACAUAACGCAGAAGAUCUUGAACUAACUAUCAGGUAUCAGAAUCACUUUAUCGAUAAGGAAGAGGAUUUCAAAAUCACAUACAUCAAGUACUGGCCGAAGAUAGAGACGAGCACUGCAUAUGCGGAUGUUGCUCCAGCAGUGUUUACAAGAAUAAUUCUGGACAAGAGGAUUUCUGUCGGAUGGGAAAAGUGCAGAGUAUUUGAAGACUUGGAUAUAAACAGGUGUUUUAAAUGCGGUGGUUUUAAUCACAUGGGAAGUAAGUGUAAAAAUGAGAGGGCCUGUAGCUCCUGUGGAGAAGAUCACGACACAAGGGACUGUAAGAACGACAAGAAUAAACAGUGCGCGAACUGUAAGAGGUCGAACGAAAUACGACUUACACCAUGCCGCGAGCGAAGUAAAUAAGUGUCCUGUGUAUGAACAAUUAGCCAAUAAGGUAAGAUCGCGCACAGACUACGGCAAAUG